CUAUAACAUUAAGUGCAAUUGAUGAAAAACUGUAGGAGACAUUUGAAAGGAGAGACCCAAUUCAGAGAGACAAGAGAGAAACCCAUCUCUCUCUCUCUCUGUGAAGGUGAGUCUUAUCUUCCUCUCCGUGGAAGAUCUCUUCUGUCUUGAGAAGAUAAAGAGAUCCAAGGAGGGAUGACGGAAAAAUCUGACAAGGAAGUGUCGACGAGCGGAGAUGGGGAGCAAGCGAAAGGAGAAGACCAGCAGAAGGUUCCCUUCUACAAGCUCUUUACCUUUGCAGAUAGACGCGAUGUGGCGCUGAUGGCCGUCGGCACGAUAAGUGCAAUCGGGAAUGGGCUGUCCAUGCCGCUCAUGACUCUCAUCUUUGGCGAGCUCAUCAACGCUUUUGGCGCUUCGAAUCGUUCACAUGUGGUGGCCGCCGUGUCCAAGGUGUCUCUGAAAUUCAUAUAUUUGGCUAUUGGUUCAGGGCUUGCUUCAUUCUUACAGGUGGCUAGCUGGAUGGUGACCGGGGAGAGACAGGCAGCUCGAAUUCGGGGAUUAUACCUGAAAACCAUUCUAAGACAAGACAUCACAUUCUUUGACACAGAAACAACAACUGGAGAAGUCAUUGGGAGGAUGUCUGGGGAUACCAUUCUCAUUCAAGAUGCCAUGGGUGAAAAGGUCGGAAAGUUCAUCCAACUCAUUUCAACCUUCAUCGGGGGCUUCGCAAUUGCAUUUGCAAAAGGUUGGCUUCUAGCAUUGGUGAUGCUUACAUGCAUUCCUCUCCUUGUUGUUGCUGGUGGCGUCAUGUCUAUCUUCAUCUCAAAAAUGUCGAGCCGUGAACAAAUUGCCUAUACUGAAGCUGGAAAUAUUGUAGAGCAAACAGUUGGAGCCAUUAGAACGGUUGCGUCCUUCACUGGGGAGAAACAAGCCAUCAAUAAAUACAAUGCAGCAAUACAAAGGGCAUAUGUCUCCUCUGUUGAACAGGGUUCUGUGUCCGGCAUGGGACUUGGUACAGUUUUAGUGAUCAUAUUCAGCAGUUAUGGGCUAGCCGUAUGGUAUGGAUCCAAGCUGAUCAUUGAGAAAGGCUACAAUGGUGGACAAGUCAUUAACGUUAUAAUAUCACUCAUGACUGGUGGAAUGUCCCUAGGCCAGGCAUCUCCAUGCUUGAAUGCCUUUGCAGCAGGACAAGCUGCAGCGUAUAAGAUGUUUGAGACGAUCAAAAGAAAACCUUUGAUUGAUGCAUAUGACACAAGUGGUAUCGUCUUGGAAGACAUCAAGGGCGAUGUGGAACUGAAAGAUGUCUACUUCAGCUACCCAGCAAGACCUAAUGUUCAGAUAUUUUCUGGCUUUUCACUGCGCAUUCCGAGUGGUGCCACUACAGCUUUAGUUGGACAGAGUGGAAGUGGGAAAUCGACAGUUAUCAGCUUGGUGGAGAGGUUCUAUGAUCCCCAGGCUGGUGAAGUGCUCAUUGAUGCUGUCAACUUGAAGAAGCUGCAGCUGAGAUGGAUAAGGAGCAAAAUUGGGCUUGUUAGCCAGGAACCCAUCUUGUUUGCAACCACCAUCAAAGAAAAUAUCUUAUAUGGGAAAGAUGAUGCAACACAUGAAGAGAUUAGAACAGCAAUUGAGCUUGCAAAUGCUGCAAGGUUCAUUGAUAAGCUUCCUCAGGGGCUUGAUACAAUGGUAGGUGAGCAUGGAACACAAUUGUCUGGAGGACAGAAACAGAGGAUUGCAAUUGCAAGGGCUAUCCUGAAGAAUCCAAAGAUCCUACUUCUUGAUGAAGCAACAAGUGCAUUGGAUGCAGAGUCUGAGCGCAUAGUGCAGGAGGCCUUAGUAAGAAUAAUGUCAAACAGGACAACUAUAGUUGUAGCACAUCGGUUAACCACCAUUAGGAAUGCAGACAUCAUAGCUGUUGUACAUCAAGGGAAAAUUGUAGAGCAAGGUACUCACUCAGAGUUGACCCAGGAUCCUGAUGGGGCUUAUUCGCAGCUCAUUCAUCUACAGGAGGGGACUCAACAAACUGAAGUUUCGCUAUAUGCUGACCCAGACAAAGCAGAUCAGAUUCUUGAUGCUUCAAUGACCAGAUCUCAUAGCCAGAAGUUAGCUAUGAGGAGAUCCACAAGCAGAGGUUCUAGAGGUUCUUCUAGUGGUAGGCGUUCCUUCUCACUUACAUUUGGUGUCCCAGGUCCCAUAGGCCUUCAUGAGACUGAAAUUGGAGGGGAAGACAUUAAUGACCAAGAUGAUUAUGAUGAUGAGAAAGAAGAAGCACGUCGCAAAGUGUCCAUUAAACGUUUAGCCUACCUGAAUAAGCCAGAGGUGCCAGUUCUGCUGUUAGGAUCCAUUGCUGCAGCUGUACAUGGCAUAAUCUUUCCGGUUUUUGGACUACUGUUUUCAACAGCCAUCAAAAUCUUCUAUGAACCUGCUCAUGAACUUCGGAAAGAUUCCAAGUUUUGGGCCUUGAUGUAUGUAGGUCUAGGUUGCAUUGCUCUAAUUUCUGUACCAGUGCAACAAUAUUUAUUUGGUGUUGCUGGAGGUAAAUUGAUACAGCGUAUUCGAUCCAUGACAUUUGAGAAGGUGGUCCACCAAGAAAUCAGUUGGUUUGAUGAACCUGUGAAUUCAAGUGGGGCUAUUGGUGCAAGGUUAUCUGCUGAUGCUUCAAACGUGCGGAGUCUUGUAGGCGAUGCCUUGGCCUUGAUGGUUCAGAACUUAUCAACACUCACAGCAGGGCUUAUUAUAGCAUUUACGGCUAAUUGGAGAUUGGCACUUAUAGUUUUGGUUUUGUUACCAUUGGUGGGUCUGCAAGGAUAUGCUCAAAUGAAGUUUCUGAAGGGAUUUAGUGCAGAUGCCAAGGUAAUGUAUGAGGAAGCAAGUCAAGUUGCAAAUGAUGCAGUAGGUAGCAUUAGAACAGUUGCUUCAUUUUGUGCAGAACAAAAGGUAAUGGAUCUAUACCAGAAAAAAUGUGAUGCUCCAAUGAAACAUGGAAUCCGGCUAGGACUUGCAAGCGGUGGAGGAUUUGGCUUCUCCUUCCUUGCACUUUAUUGCACUAACGCUGCGUGUUUCUACUUUGGAGCUAUUCUUGUGCAACAUGGGCAAGCAACAUUUGGACAAGUUUUCAAGGUUUUCUUUGCCUUGACAAUAUCAGCAGUUGGAAUUUCACAAACUAGUGCAAUGGCUCCAGAUUCCAACAAGGCUAARGAUUCAACUGCUUCUAUUUUUGACAUUCUAGACAGCAAACCGAAGAUCGAUUCAAGCAGUGAAGAAGGUAUGACCCUAGCUAGUGUCAAAGGUGACAUUGGCCUCAAACAUGUUAGCUUUAGAUACCCAACACGUCCAGAUGUGCAGAUCUUCAGAGACUUGUGUCUAAGCAUCCCCUCUGGAAAGACGGUUGCCUUGGUUGGAGAGAGUGGUAGUGGGAAAUCAACUGUUAUCAGCUUGCUAGAAAGAUUUUAUGAUCCUGAUUCAGGCCAGAUAUUGUUGGAUGGAAUAGAAACUCAGAAGUUCAAGCUAAGUUGGCUAAGGCAACAAAUGGGAUUGGUAAGCCAAGAACCAAUACUAUUCAAUGAAACAAUUCGUAACAACAUUGCUUAUGGAAAGCAAGGAGGCACAUCUGAAGAUGAGAUCAUUGCAGCUGCAAAAGCAGCAAAUGCUCACAACUUCAUAGCAGGACUUCCAGAAGGCUAUGAUACCUCUGUUGGGGAGAGAGGAGUACAAUUGUCUGGUGGACAGAAGCAAAGGAUAGCCAUUGCUAGAGCAAUACUGAAGGACCCAAAGAUCCUUUUGCUCGAUGAGGCUACAAGCGCACUGGAUGCAGAAUCAGAGCGUGUGGUGCAAGAAGCAUUAGAUAGAGUAAUGGUGAAUAGAACAACUGUUGUUGUUGCUCACCGUCUCUCUACAAUCAAGGGGGCUGAUAUAAUUGCAGUUGUGAAGAACGGUGUCAUUGCUGAGAAGGGGACACAUGAGGUGCUCAUGAUGAUACAAGAUGGUGCCUACGCUUCUCUAGUAGCACUUCACAUGAGCUCCUCAACGUAGACAAAAUAGGAAACAAGAGUUUGCUGUAGGCCUGUAGCCUAUUGCGUCUCAGAGCUUCUUGGUGGCCAAUGGGUUCCUUGGAUGAGAAGGCUUAUUCUAUCUUCUUUUGAAGGGUUUUACCCUUGCUCUUUCUUUUUUCAGUGAGCAAAAAGGCUUGUCUGAUCAAUAAUUCUGAAAUGUGAAUAGAUGUAUUUUCGUUCCUAUAGAUAUGUAUCUUUUCGUGUUCAAUAAAAAAUGUGAAAAUAAAAAUGAAAGGAAGAAAGAAGUUUCAACAUGCAUUUAAAGCAGAAGAAGACAA